CUCAAUUUCUCAAAUCAUCUCCACACACUAAACUAGAACCUGCUUCACAACACAACACAACUACUACCUGUUCAACUGCUACUACUGCAACGAGAGAGAAAAAACAAUUUCAGUUUCAGAAGAGAGAAAGGAGCAACUGAGCAAGAACUGAAGAAAAUAGAGAGAGAGAAGCCAUGGAGCAGGGGUACGGCUGCUACAGCUACUACCAGCAGUACAAGAGCAGCGGCAGUUUCAUCAGUGGCAAGGAGAAGAGGCCGCCGCUGAAGAGGGGGCAGCUGAAGCGGCAGAUUGUGAGGACGCUCAGCAACCUCAUGGCGCCGGCGACGAGGAGCAGCGGCGACGCUGCUGCUGCUGCAGACUCCAAGAAGAAGGCAGCGGAUCGCAGCAGCUUCAGGAGAGAAGCCAGCUACAACUGAAUCGAUCCAAUCGAACAGCAACAUCAUCAUCAUCUGAUACUCAGAUUGAUAUGCAUAUUACUUGUAGUAUAUUGCUUGUGUACGUGUGCUGUGCAGUAGGAGUAUUCCGUACGUAGAUGUGUAUGGAUCGAUGUAGUUGACAUGGUGACAGGAAAAGUUGCUGCUGCUAGAUUGUAGAUGCCCUUUUGUUCAUCUUUCCCUCAAUUUUGUUCGGACCUUUCGGAGUAUUAGUAAUGAAGAUCAAUUUUCUUUUGUUGAAAGGCUAGUUAAUAGUGCUGUGCUUCAUCAGUAGAUCUGUUCUUGGCUUAAUUGCAGAGGUUACUUGAAUUUACACCAUAUCUAUGCUUCCAA